CCCACUCAAGACAGUCUCUCUCCAGCUCUUGGCUCUCUCAUCUUUUGCUUAUUCUCGUUUCAUACUCAAACAUCAUCAUGUCCUCCACAUCUCUUCCUCCAUCGCCUGAGCAAUGCCUCGUUGUACGUCUGUGUCACACGCUCUGUUUGCAUGAAUGCUCAUCCAUGCCCGCGUCUAAGCAGAGCACAAAAAUUUCAUUACCUCUCUUCACACUCUUGAAGAAAAGAAAAAAAGCUUCCUCAAAAUUUGAUUGAUGUUUGUGUAUUUGGAAACACAGGCGGGAUUCGUGAGACUUGUCUGGAUUACUUGGCUGUUUUGUCCACUUUACCCAUGCCUGGUGACAAAACCCAAUGCAGGAGCAUGAAAGUUCAAGGAAAUGGAGGAGCAGCGAACGCUUUAACUUGUUUGGCUCGUCUGGGUGUGAGAGCAAGGCUUAUGUCCAAGAUUGCUGAUGACGUCCCCGGUAAGUGCAUAUUGGGGGAGCUAAAGGCUGAUGGUGUAGAUACCUCUUUUCUUGUGGUUGCCAAGGAUGGACAAACGCCGUUUUCCUAUGUUAUGGUCGACGAAUCAACGAGAACACGUACUUGCAUCUUCACACCAGGAUUCCCCGUCAUGGAACCGGCUGACAUUUCCCAGAUGGUUUUAAAAUCUGCACUCGAAGGAGCGAGGUUUGUCUACUUUGAUGCAAGACACAGAUACUGCAAUAGUUGUUGCCGAAGAGGUAUAGUCAUCUUAUUUUCUUCUAUUUUUGUUGGUGCUUACUGUAUAAGAUACAGCAGAUUAGGAAUUUUCUCUCACAUGAAAUGUUUGGGAAAUACUCUCUAAUACUCAUAUUCUAAG